AUGUGGAACUAUCUAUUUGGAGGGAACAACAAGCAGAAAAAAGAGCUUCCCAAGAAGGCCAUUGUGGAGUUGCGUGAGCACAUUCAAAUGCUUCACAAGAAGAGGAGCCAUCUUGAGCUGCAAAUUGCUGACCAAGAUGCGUUGGCUCGUAAGCACAUAUCCACCAACAAGGCACUCGCCAAGAAUGCUUUGAAGCGUAAAAAGGGAUACGAAACGAACUUGAUGAAGAUUGAGAACCAAAUCGAUACAUUGGAGACUCAAUUAACUUCUAUUGAGGGCGCCAACUUGAACUUGGAAACCAUGAAGGCCAUGAAGCAGGGCGCCCAAGCCAUGAAGCAGAUCCACGGCGAGUACGAUGUAGACAAAGUGGAGACUACUAUGGACGACAUUCGUGAGCAAGUGGAAUUGGCAGAUGAGAUUUCCGAUGCCAUAUCUAGGCCGGUGGGUACCGAGUAUGUCGAUGAGGACGAGUUGGACGAAGAGUUGGCGAUGUUGCAAGAGGAGGAGCAACAAGAGAAGAAACAGAAGGUUGUGUCCAAGCCUGUGCCGCUGGCAGAGGAAAGAUUGCCACAUUUCCCUGAUGUAGCUAAUAACAAACCAGCCACAGAGGACGACGAGGACGAAGAGCAAUUGAAGGCAUUGCAGGCAGAGAUGGGGUUGUAG